GACACAAAUUCAGUUAAAAAAUCGCUUUUUUUGGGCUUCAAAGGUGGAAUUUACUGUCCUAUUUAUCUUAUCACUCUAGUUAAACAUUUCAUAUUGCGUAAUUAUUUAAGAUAACAUAUUAGGUAAUGUAAGUUAUGCGUUUAUUACUGAGACCUAUCGUUGUAAUCAGACAAAUUCUACAACCAAAUAGAAGUAUCCAGUUGAGACAUCCCUUUACAACAGCGCUUGUUUGGAGAGCCAUGGAAGAUAAAGAGUCGCUAAAGAAACGUCUGACACCAAUACAAUAUCAUGUCACACAAGAAGCGGGUACUGAAAGACCUUACACAGGAUGUUACAACAAAUUUUAUGAAGAUGGCAUGUAUGUGUGUGUAGUCUGCAGACAAGAUUUAUUUACUUCUAAAACUAAAUAUGACUCUGGGUGUGGCUGGCCGGCUUUCAAUGAUGUGCUUGCCAAGGAGAAGGUCACUCUUCACCAGGACACAAGUGCAGUUGGAGCAAAUAUAUUACUGGUUUUAACACGGCCAGGUUUGGUGCGAACUGAGGUGCGAUGCUCCAAGUGCUCCGCUCACCUGGGACACGUGUUCGAUGACGGGCCGGCGCCCACCAAGAAACGUUUUUGCAUUAAUUCCGCGUCGUUGGACUUCAUACCGGCUGAACAACGUAAAGACUAAAAUAAUUGUGAUUAAACGAUGAAAUUACAAAUAUAACAAAAUUUCAUUAUUACUACAUUUUGUGCUUUUAUAAAAAUGUACUAUCACGGACGCGUACCCUGUACACGUACCGCCUAGAAUAAAGUUUCUUUGAAUGUAAUAUUCUUUUGUGAAAUUCCGUCUUUAUGUGCAGCUUAAUUAACAAUCACUUGUUUUUUGUAAGCCGAUUGAAUUUUAAUAGUCAUUUACCGUUAAUCUACCUGGCGAUCUAUAUUAUGAUUACAAUGAUGAUACCUACCUGUUACCCUACGUUUGUGAUUAAUUAAAAUGAUAUUAACAACUGUAACUAUCAGUAGGUACCCGUGUCAGCAUUUAAUAUUCAGUUUGUAAUACAUGUGAAUAAUAUAAUUAGUAGAUAGAAGAUAAAUGAAUAAUAUUCAUUAUAAGUAAAUAAUUUAUUAAAUUGCUUUGUUACCAUAACGAGUCAUAGUUUACAAUCUGUUUCGUUUUUUGUUUUGAUAAAAUUUAUGCUUGCAUCAGUACAAAUCGAUUUUCAGCGUUGUUUUUGUUACGUAAUGUAAGUGUAAACUGAAGAAGGUUUUAAUAAAUAUUUUUGUAAUGAUUGCA